AUGAGUGCAACAACGACAAUCACCAGUCCGCCUGAGAUCACAGCGGACAAUGUCGCCACUCUCUUCCCGAGCGAACUCGAGGGCUACGAUGAAGAGCAGGUCCGCCUGAUGGACGAGGUCUGCAUAGUUUUGGAUAACAAUGACCGGCCCAUUGGAAGUGCCAGCAAGAAGAUCUGCCAUUUGAUGACCAACAUCGACAAGGGUCUCCUUCACCGCGCCUUCUCUGUUUUCCUUUUCGAUUCCAAUAAGCGUCUUCUGCUCCAACAGCGCGCCACCGAGAAGAUCACCUUCCCCGACAUGUGGACCAACACCUGCUGCUCACACCCCCUUGGAAUUCCCGGCGAGACUGGAUCUGAGCUGGAUGCUGCCGUGAUGGGCGUGAAGCGUGCUGCGCAGCGCAAGCUGAACCACGAACUGGGCAUUAAGGCAGAGCAAGUACCCCUGGACAAGUUCGAAUUCUUCACAAGGAUUCACUACAAGGCCCCCAGUGAUGGAAAGUGGGGUGAACAUGAGGUGGACUAUAUCCUCUUCAUCCAAGCCGAUGUCGAUCUGAACCCCAGCCCCAACGAGGUCCGAGACACCACCUAUGUCUCAGCUGAUGAGCUUAAGGCAAUGUUCGAGCAGCCCGGUUUGAAAUUCACCCCGUGGUUCAAGCUUAUCUGCAACUCCAUGCUGUUUGAGUGGUGGAGCCACCUCGGUACCCCGGCCCUGGAUAAGUACAAGAACGAGCAGGACAUUCGUCGAAUGUAAAAACCCGA